AUGGGUUCGAGGCUCUACUUCGGCCUCACGGGCAACGCCUUGAGCGUUCUUCAGAUCGCCCUCGUCGUCUGCCCGGCCUUCAUCCUCUUCGGAUACAACCAGGCCGGCCUCGGCGGCCUGCUCACCACUGAGGAUUGGGUCAAGACCUUCCCGGAGAUCGACACCGUCCACACCACCGGCGCUACCAAGAACGCCAACUCGACGCUGCAGGGCUUCGUCGUCGCCACAUUCACCAUCGGUGCCCUCUUCGGCUCCCUCUCCUGCUCCUGGUCCGGUAACGCCUUCGGCCGCCGUAAUGUCAUCUUCUUUGCCGGUGUCUGCACCCUCAUCGGCGAGAUCCUAGAGUGUGCCUCCUUCCACCUGGCACAGCUCAUCGUUGGCCGUCUCAUUGUCGGUUUCGGCAUUGGCCAGCUCAGCUCCAUCGUGCCCGUCUGGCAGAGUGAGACGUCCGGUGCCAAGAACCGCGGUCGCCAGGUUGUCCUCACUGGCCUCUUCACCUGUGUCGGUUACGUCUUGGAGAGCUGGAUCAACCUGGGCUUCUGGGAGCUCAAGACCGGCCCCGUCACAUGGCGCCCUCCCAUCGCCAUCGCCAUCGUCUUCUCCCUCGUCAUGAUGGGCAGCAUCUACCUCCUUCCCGAGUCGCCCCGCUGGCUCGUCAUGAAGGGUCGUUCGGAGCAGGCCCGCGGCAUCAUUGCCGCCUUCAGGGGACUGCCCGAGGAUUCCAUGGAGGUCAUGGCCGAGGUCGCCGGCAUCGAGCACUCGCUCGAGGAGACCACUCAGAACGCUGCCAAGCUCAGUGACAUGCUCAAGAUGGGCGACGACAAGCUUCUCUACCGCUUCGGCCUCUGCAUCAUGCUCCAGUUCUACCAGCAGAUGUCCGGGAGCAACCUCGUCUCCGUCUACGCCCCCAUCCUGUUCCAGCAGAACCUUGGCAUGGAGCCCGAGGCGUCCAAGGCCCUGGCUGGUGGCGCCCUCACCUGGAAGUUCCUCUCGUCCUUCCUGGCCUUCUUCGCCAUCGAUCGGUUCGGUCGCCGCGCCGUCUUCAUCUUCAGCGGCUUCGGCAUGUGUGCCUGCAUGACCUGCCUGGCCAUCACGACCUCGUUCCCCAAGGACAACCAGGCUGCCCAGAUCGCCGCCGGCUGCUUCAUCUACCUUUUCAACACCUUCGUCCCCAUCGGCUUCUUGGGCGCCAACUUCCUCUACUGCACUGAGAUCGCCCCCAUCCGUCUCCGCAUGGCCAUGUCUUCCAUCUCCACCGCCAACCACUGGCUCUGGAACUUUAUCGUCGUCAUGGUUACCCCUGUUGCCCUCAACACCAUCGGCUGGCAAUACUACAUCGUGUACGCCGUCAUCUCGGCCUGCAUCCCCGUCAGCGUCUACUUCCUCUUCCCCGAGACCAUGGGUCGCAACCUGGAGGAGAUUGAGAUGCUCUUCAAAGAGUCUCCUUCGGUCUUCGCCACGGUCAAGUUCGCCAAGAAUAGGCCAAUUGCCAUGCCCCAGGAGUUCGAGAGCGACAAGCCGAACCAGAAGGCCGACUACGUGGAGAAGGCCACUGACGACUCUGCCUGA